UUCAUUAGAUUGCGGAACGGUGCACUUGGGUCCCACGGGUGUAACUUGUACUCGCAUAUCCUUCAGCUACAAUUACUUGAAUGAACUGUGCUCAAACGACCUUAGUGGAUAUACGGCUACGUGCAGCAUGUCGAUCGUAAAGAAGUUAUCCUUUGAUGCCAAUUGCGAGGAGAAGGAGAAAUAUACGCUGCAGAAUGGCGACGAUUAUUACGACCAGGCAAACGGACACACUGUCGACGUGGAGGGGAAGUACACGAAGGCCAAGCAGGCCCACUGGCUGCUGCGUCGCAUCUACAUUCUCAGCUGGAUACGGAGCUACGAUCGGGAGCGUGCCUUUGCCGAUCUGAUUGCGGGCAUCACCCUGGGACUGACGAUCAUUCCGCAGAGCAUUGCCUACGCCGCGCUGGCUGGCCUCUCCUCGGAGUACGGCCUGUACUCGGCAUUUAUUGGAUCCAUCAUCUAUGUGUUCUUUGGCACGAUACCGCAGGUCUCCAUUGGACCCACCAGCCUGAUGGCCAUUCUCACGCUUCAGUUCUGUGCGGAUAAACCCGUGCAGGUGGUCAUCGUGCUGGCAUUUCUCGCGGGAUUAGUGGAGCUGGCGAUGGGUGUGUUCCAGCUGGGAUUUAUAGUGAGCUUUAUACCGGGUCCGGUGACCAAGGCAUUCACCUCCGGCACAGCUGUGAUUGUGGUGUUUGCUCAGAUCAAGAAUCUGUUGGGUGUUCGCGUGAAAGGAUUCCCCUCGAUUGGGGAGUUCUUUGGCAGCAUUCGACCCUCGGAUGCGGCCAUGGGCAUUUUCUGUCUGGUUGUGCUGCUGUCGUUGCGUCUCCUGUCCCAAGUGAAAUUCAAGCAGGACUCACCGAUGACGCGUCGCCUGAAGAAGGUUCUGUGGUACAUUAGCAUCUCGCGCAAUGCUUUGGUUGUCUUCUUCACCGGCCUGCUAGUGUUCAUCUGGGUGAAGAAGAGCUCCCUGGAAGCGGUGCCCUUUGCACUCUCCUCCAAGGUAUCCUCGGCCAUGCCCUCGAUCAAGCUGCCGCCCUUCGCCUUUGAGUACCAGAAUCGUACCUACGUCUUCACGGACAUCCUGCACGAGCUGGGCAGCGGCAUAGUUGUGGUGCCCAUUGUGGCCGUGCUGGCCAAUGUGGCAAUUGCCAAGGCUUUCGUGAAGGAUGGCAAUCUGGAUGCCUCACAGGAGAUGCUCACCCUGGGCUUGUGCAACAUUGCUGGCUCCUUUUUCAGCGCAAUGCCCACGUGUGGAGCGUUCACCCGCUCGGCGGUGAGUCAGGCCUCAGGCGUACGCACACCCAUGGCUGGCAUCUACACGGGCCUGAUUGUUCUUUCCGCUCUGAGCAUUCUGACGCCGUACUUCCAGUACAUACCCAAGGCAUCGCUGUCAGCUGUGCUCAUUGCAGCAGUGAUCUUUAUGAUCGAUCUGGCGCCCGUGAAGGAGCUGUGGCAGACCAACAAAAAGGAUUUCUUCAGCUGGGUGGGCAGCUUCAUCAUCUGCCUGGUGGCCGGCGUGGAGUUGGGCCUGCUCUUUGGCAUUGUUCUGAGCAUGGUGUUCAUUCUGCUGCGUUUGGGUAAUCCCAAAAUUGAAGUGUCCCUGAAAAAGGAGGAGUCCCUAACUUAUGUGCAUGUUGUGCCCCAGUCGGACAUUUAUUACACAGGCGUGGACACGCUGCGCGGCGAGUUGCGUGGCGCCUGUUCGCUCUACCGCAACGACUUUCCCGUGGUGCUGGACUGCAGCCGCUUCAUGCAGUUCGAUGCCACCUUCACAGAGAUGCUGACAGCUGUCAGCAAGGAGAUGGCUGAGAAUGAUGUGCUGCUGAUACUGCAGAACAUGAGCCUGAAGGUGCAGCAAAUGCUGCCCGUGAUUGGCAAUGUGCGCUUCUGCCAGGAGGACAGUCAGUUGAUUAGUCAUCUGCAGCAGAAGAAAGAGUCUGGGCAGCAGCUCGAUGCGAAGCUCUGAGUGUUGGUUCCUAUUAUCUCAGUCAGUCCGUCAGUCAGCUAGCCUGUCAGUCUGUUUGUUUUGCUGUUUUGUUUGCCUAGAUGAAUGUUCUGUGGAACUGCCUCCGUUUGGGCGUUUGCAUGUGACGGGCUGGCAUUGCGCAAUUGCUUCGCUGGUUAGCUCUUUAGAUUAAGUUAUUUAGUAAGCGGCUCUGUAAAUACUUAAUUGCAUUAUUAAAUCAAAUAUAUUGUAUGCUGCUUUGUUGGGCUGUAAAGAUAAUGAA